CAAGUGGCAGAGGAGACUGGUCACGACGUCAGCCAGUGGGAGUAUUAUGGGUUGGCAGUGAGGCUCCAGCUGAAGGGAAGCUCAAGUGCUUUCACUGCUGCGUUCGGGGAGCCAGCGAGUGAACAUCAUGGAGCUCUCGGCCGUGGGGGAGAGGGUUUUCGCGGCCGAAUCUCUCCUCAAGCGACGCAUCAGGAAAGGUCGAGUCGAGUACCUGGUGAAAUGGAAGGGCUGGUCUCCGAAGUACAGUACGUGGGAGCCAGAAGAAAAUAUCCUGGACGCCCGUCUGAUAUCAGCCUUUGACGAGAGGGAACGAGAAAGGGAAAUGUACGGGCCAAAAAAACGUGGACCUAAACCUAAAACGUUUUUACUGAAGUUAUGUUCUUUUCUUCGGCAGGCGAAAGCAAAGACAUAUGCCUUCCGGAGUGAUGUAGCGAGGGGACUGAGGAUGUCUUACCCGGGCAGGUCUGGUCAAGAAUCCGGCUUCUCUUCCACCAGGUCCAGGGAAGGACUCCGGAGAGACCCCGCGGGCGCUCUGCAGCAUAGCAGCCUUGCCCGGGGAGAGACUUCCAAAGAAAGGAGUGCUCGAGUCGAGGAGCUCCCCAGGGCCCACCAGAAAAGCGGUUCUCUCAAGCACAGGAAGAAGGGGCCGAAACCCAACAAAAUGGACUACAAGGAUGGCCCAGCUGUACGUGCAGGCUCCCUCAAAAGGAGCACACCGGAGGAGGUGGAAGGAAGGACACCGACAUACCCCCAUUUUAAACGUAGGAAAUCCGAGGAGCUUGAUUCAGGGAGUGAUGAGCUGGAGGACAAGGUGGAGAGCGAACUAAUCCACUUGACUGGGAGGCAGGAAGCGAAGCUGGGCAGCGCUGUGCCAGGUCACGCCGCUCCCAGAACGCAGCUAAAUCGCACCCCACUGGGCUACGGGGAAAAUAAAUACGGUGCAGACUCGCAUACCCUUCGGACUAAGCCGGGCAUGGAAAGCGCCACUUCCAAGAGUGAACCAGGGAUAGACACCUCUGCACUUAAAAGUAAGCACGUUUUGGAGGGCGCGGUGCCCAGGAACAGUGUGUGUGUGGCCAGUGACAGGCCUGUUUCAAAGUCCCCUUUGCUGGCCAAACACCCAGUCUCCCGGUUUCUCUCGGAGCCAGAGGAGUCCUGGAGCCCAUCACUAAAUAAUCUGGAGAAAGUGGUGGUCACGGACGUCACGUCAAACUUUCUGACCGUAACCAUUAAAGAAAGCAGCACAGAUGAAGGAUUCUUCAAAGAGAAAGUUUAAAAAAAGAAAUAAACUUGUUUGACAAUCCUGGUGGGAGCGCGUUGAUCGUUACUAGCACCUGUCAGUCACAACAACACUCGAGUUGUUGCUGGAGAAAUGUUUCUUUUUUUUUGUUCUGGGUUUGUAUAUAGUUUCCUGGGAGCAGAUAAAUCUUAAUCUAAUACCAGCUGUCCGUCAUGCUCAAAAAUGAAGUGCCCGUUUACUUAGGCCUGUGCUGUGGGAUGUAUUUCAGGUGCAGUUAGGUAAAACUGUAUUAAACACAUAAAGGGGUUAAGGCCAAAACAGUCAGCGUUUUCAGGUUUGCUUUUACCCAGAUAAAGAUUGAGGAGGAGGCUGGUGUCGAAUUGCCCGCCUCACCAAACUGCCAGUCAACGUGCCCACCCAUGUAUAUGAUGGUAGCAUUGUUAAUUUGCUUAAUUUCAUUUGUAGAUAUAAUCGGACUUAGAGGAUGCUUUGUCCCGGCAUACGACAUAGAUCAUGGCCCAAGUUAUAACAAUUCAUCAGUAAAUAGCUUCAGAACUGAUUACAAUUAUUAAGUUUGACUUUUGUUUUCAGUGGCCGGACUCUUGCUUCCUUUACGAUUACAACAUGUUUUUCUUUUUAAAAAAAUCUAAAUGCAAUGUGUGUUUUGAGUAUACAAUGCCAAUUGCACUUUCCAUUAUUUCUGUAAAAUAUAAACAAAAUAGUUGUACUGAGCGAGGUGCUGUAUUUCGUGUUUCCUGUUCUAAAUGUCGACUUACAUAGCUAUAUAUAAGUUAUUUAUCCAUGUGCACACAGGGAUUCCUCCCAUGAUACAAGGACUUUGAGAUAUGCUGAGAGGAUAACAAUAAUGCUUAGAACUGGUUUCACCCAACUCCCUUGUCUGUUUAAACUUUUGACUACUUUCGAAGGUAAUUGCUCCCCCUGUAUUGCCUCCCCCACUCUUUUGCAUCAAAGUCUCUUUCUGUGGGACAACUCUUUGGUAUACACCACAUGUAUAUAAGAUGAACAUAGCCAAGUCAAAUGCCUUACAGUACAUCCAAGGAUUGGUGCCAGGCUUUUUUUUAUAUGGGGAGAGGUAUAGGCAGUCUUGGUUAGGUAAAUAACCAAUGAAUGUGCAUAUCUGUGCAAGAACAUUCAAAUUGCAGAUUGACUGGGCAGUCUUUUUUUUUUGGAUAGGUUAAGGGGCAAAUCUAUUGUAAUAAUCUAUUUGACUUUACCAUUGAAAGCAGGGAUAAUACCUCUUCAGAAUAACGUUGCUGUGAAUUCAUUGUAAACCAUUAAGUGGUGAGAUCAUUAGUUUAUUUUAAGUAACUAAGUCAGACUGAGAAAGGGGAAAUAACAUUUAGAUGAAUUCUUUAGGAAAAAAAACGGUUGUCAUAAUACUUCAUCCUCUUAUUUAUAGCCCUAUCACCACGUUAUGAAUGAUGGUUUGCAAAGGUUGAGGCAUAUUGCCUGACAUCUGCAGGGUGUUCUAUUAGCAAGAAAACUACACUAUUUGCCAACAACGUUUUCCACCAAAUGAAAACGUACUAUUGGUUCCUUGUCUCCCGAUGUUAGAAAAUAAAUUGCACUUAAACUACUCCUGAAACCAUUCAAUCAGGAAUUCGAUUUUGCUAAACUUGCUCCCAGGUACAGGUGUACUUCAGUAUGUGGGAGAAUGACAGCAGCACGUUUCCAAUUGGAGAUUUGCUUGCAACAAUGAUCUAGCCUAUGUACCGCACACAGCUUUGUUUUAAUGGUUUAGUUUUGUGGGCCAACAGGGAGCCUGAACUCCCAGCUGUUGAGUGAAUCUAACACGGAGAGGAAAGAAAAGAGCAGUCGUGUUGUCAGAAUGUAACUUUUAAUUAAAACUUCUGUUCUUUUUUCGACCAUAAACUUAACUUCGCGACCGAGCUUCGUGACACAAGCUUUUCUACGAGGUUGAUCCAGUCACUUUUAUAAUGGGGUCGUUUAGGAGAAACGCGGACGUGAAGGGUAUUCCACCUUUACAUAAUCCAAAUAUGCUACCAUUCUGGACCACAUAGCUUGGAAUAAUCUUUAACAUAGGGUUAGGACGUCAAUGCUCGAUUAUUUAGAUGACAGAUACAUUCAUAAACUGGUGUUCGUGCUUUAAGGCCAUUCUCUAUGAAUUCAGGAGCUUUACUUCGAAGUAUUUGGACUUCUAAUACACAGCCUUCAUGUAGUUGACACUACAUAUGACUGCCAUAUGUAAGAAGGUUUAUCUUUAGUGACUGCUGACGAUCAGGCACAGCUGAGACAAUUACGAUUGAUAAGAUGCACACAUUUGCCAAAAUGAUUUACCAAAGGAAAUGUGUUAAUUCUAAUUAUGGGAAUGGACCCGUAAUUAUGACUAAUGACACGACUUUAAUGAGGGGCGGUUUUAUUAUUCAAAGUGGUUGAUGUUUAUGAAUGAAUAUUUACCGUCUGCGUUUUUCUAACAAUGGAGAAUGAGCAAAGGAAGACAAUACACAAAUCUGAAAGAUGUGUAAACUAAAAUCCCUUGGUGCACUUACAUACUAAUGGAAUUCAAAGGACGCGUUACAUUUGAAAGGAGUACAUUAGAUCACGUGCUAAACUGAUCUAUUGCACUUUGAAUGUUUUGACUAUUAAAACUUGAAGAGGCCGUGCCUGUUGCUGAAUGUAAUGUAUAUGAGAGUGUACAGGCCGUGUCACUGGGAUACUCAGUAUUGUCAGAUGUUGAUUUGCAGAACUUGUACAAUAUACAUCACGUUUUCAAGGAACUGUUGCCAUAAAGGUUCCAGUGGAACUUAUUAGGGUCGCCCUACGAAGUGAAACAGACAUUAACAUGCCACCUGUAAAUUGCAUUUAAAGUUUAUUAGGACUGUUGGCACUUGGGAAAAUGAUUGACCAUAUCAGAAAAAUUAAAUUGGUCAGAAUUAAACUUCAUACCCUCCCACCUAUCCCACCCCACCAUCUUAUCCAUCUACUAAGGUUGUUUGUGAAAUGUAAUUAUUUUCUGUAAAGUUUAUUCAGAUGUCUAACAAUUUUGUUUAGAUUUGAAAAAGAAUGUAUGGAGGGGAUAUAACUAUAAACUAUUUUAUGUAUUCUACAUAAUGGACAGUGUUUAAUACAUUGCACUUAACUAUAUCUGUUGUUUCGAUAUUUGACUAUAAAUGUACUUUGCGAAUAAUGGUGAUUAAAACGAAAUAAUGUUUUAAAA